AUGCAUGCCGACGACUGUCGGACACCACUGCAAUUGACCCUGUCGCUGUCGCUUUCCAUGGCUUCCAGCCCUGCAGCAGGCCAAUCCUCCGCCCUUCUGCGACCUGCCACCCCACCGAUCCCCCAAAGCGGUAACGGCAGAAGUGAUAACACCUCGUCAACCCAUGUCGUCUAUGGUCCUCCGCAUCUCGCCUUUCCAUCUAUAAACAUCAACGACGAAGCCUCCGAAGUAGACGAGGAAGUGGAUGAGGACGGUCUUCACCCUAGCAUCUCCUGCUCCCCCGGCGUAGCAUCAACGCCCAUAGGUAGCCCUGGACUUCUCGCGCCCGCCAACCUGAAACCUGGGUUGCUUCGUCCAGACUUCCCAACACCAACAGACAUGGCCGAAGACGACCCUCCCUCUGCUGGGGGCUCGAUCGUCCCGAGCCCCUUCAACUUCCAGACGCAGGUCAUCUCGACCUCGCCUGUCAAGUCGAACAUUGGCCAGCGUCGCGGCCAUCGAUACAAGCACAGUUCCAUUUCUACCCAACAUCAGAUCUUUCAGGAGCCUCCCCAGCGACCGCCGCCUGUUCUACCAGCCUCCCUCCCUGUGCCCACCGUUCGAGAAGCAUGGAAGAGUAUGUCAAAGGACCAGCGCGUCCGGCUCUACUGGAGCUUGUGCCACUUGGCAGUCGCGACUUGGCUCUUUUUCAUUUCCGAGGGCUCCGUUGCCAUGAUGGCACUCUCCCAUCUAGUCUUCUUCGACGCCGGCAGCGCGGCAGUAUGCGUAGCUGUCGAUGUUCUAGGCAACUUCGAGGUUUGGCGUCGUAGCAGUAUUCGUCACCCCUUCGGUCUCGAGAGAGCCGAGGUUCUCGCCGGCUUCGCCAUGUCUAUUUUCCUACUCUUUGGCGGCUUCGAUCUUGUGUCGCACAACCUCAAGCACUGGCUAGAGACCAAAGGUGGACAUGAGCCGCACCACGAACAUGCUCACGAGCGUGUCUCGGCCGGAGAAGUGGACUGGGCUGCGUUCGCGGCCAUCACAAGCACAGUUAUUUCAGCGUACGGUCUGAAGAACCACGCACGUAUUGCUAGAAUCAUGCGUGUGUCGUGGCUUGCCAAGCUACCUACCCACUUCUCUAACAUCUUCCACUUCUUGACGGUCUUCUUCUCGAGUCUACUGCUCUUGUUGCCCCUUCUGUCCAUCAAGAGCUAUAUUUGGGUCGACCGUACGCUCUGCGCCGCCAUUGCCGCCUCUAUGUUCCUGUUUGGCGCCAAGUUGGCCAUGGCUCAGGCUAUGAUGUUGCUCAUGUCGUAUGGCGGCAUGGGUGGCAACGAAGGUGUGUCUUCAGUGGUGCGGGAGAUUGAGGCAGAACCAGGCGUGGCUCGGAUCGAGGACGCGCAAUUUUGGCAGGUGCACUACGGAUUAUGUAUGGCCAAUCUCAAGAUCUGUGUCGCCAAAGGUUGUGACGAGGGAGCCAUCAGCAAGCUGCGCAGCCGCAUAUCUACUUUGAUCCAAAAUCGGCUCGGGGAAGGAUACGGACGCGGUACAAGCUUACGGUGGGAGGUGACUUUGCAGACUAGUGUUGAAGCGACCCUCUGA